AUGUCUACAACGCUUUCAAAUCAAGCUCAGAUACGCUAUGUCGUACAAUGGUUUCAAGAAUGGUCCGAGAUGCAACGAGGUGAUUUCCUGAGUGUUUUGCUGGAACGGUGCAGUCCCACAGGCUUAGUAAAUGGUCUGGUAUCAGGUAUGGAGAGUUUAGGCUGCAAAGAAGAUUCAAAUAGGCCACCAAGUUUAUUUCAAUGUCGAGUAAAGCUCUUUCAAGAGUGGAGCCAAAAUUGGAGUCAGCAGGAAAAAGAUGCACUGUUGUCAUCCAUUAAAAAUAUGGAUCCUAAAUUUGGGGAGAAAUACGAGCAAAGGUUGACUGUUGGCAGUGAAGAGGAAAGGGAACUUUAA